AUGCCGUAGAUAAUAGACAAGGCUUAAGAAAAUGAUGUUCCGCAAUGGAAACUAAACCGUAUGCAAGUCUAAUAAGAUCCAUUUUACAAGUCAUUCUAUUCAAAAUUCUACAUUGAAAAAGAUGGAGUUAUCUCACUUUCACUCAAAGACUUGACGAUUAUAUGCAACAUGAUACUUACUGGCGCACUUUUGGGAAUGCUAUUUACAUCAUGUUAGACUGGUUUAUAUGUUUGUGAAUAUGGAAGUUUUCCUUACAUUUCUCAAAUUAUCAAAGAACCUAUUUAUGUGAGAAUCUAUAUUUUCUUGACUACUAUAUACAUGUUUGGAGUACACUAACUUAACAUCAGAGCUUUCCAUAAGAAGUUACAUGGCGUGAUCUCUAAAUUCCACAAUGAUAUGAUUAUGCACCUUGGUCUUAUCUCAACAGUAACUUUACCUUUGAUAGGUCUGUUUGAUAUGGAUUUAUUCCCUGCCUCCCAUGGUAUUUUUGCUCUAUAUUUUUUCUUGACCUUUGGAGGCUAUUGCAUUAUGCUGUCUUCAGCUCUUUCAACAAAUAUUGACAAGUUUCCAGAUUCUGAUCACUUUGGCAUCAUUAUUAUCAAAUAUGCAUCCUAUGGACUGUUUGUCACAAUCAUUACAUAUUUAGUAGCAUUUUCAUAUAUUCCGGUAGGCCCAACUGCUUACAUUGAGUGGUUCAUGGUCCUCUACUUAGUAAAUAUAUUCACCAUAGCUUCAUUCACUAAUCAGUAUUAUGACUCAGUCCAUGAUCCCGCUGUUGCCUGA